UUGGCCAUCACCCUUUUGAGGCCUGGAUGGAUGGAGCUGGAGGACGAGGGCUCCGCUUCCCGGGACAAGACGGUGGCAGCCGCCAAAUCAGCGCGGCUCGACAUGAGCCAUGGCUUCGUCCGCCACAUCCGCCGUAACCAGAUCGCCAGAGAUGAUUACGACAGGGAGGUGAGGCAGGCCAAGGAGCGGCAGAGGAAGAGGCAAACGCCCACCCCAGUCCGUCCCCGCAAGCCCGACCAACAAGUCUACCACCCACGCCGCAAAAACGGUGCUGAGUAUUCGUCAGGCUUUGAGUGCGAGGAGUCAAAUGAGAGCAGCUCGGGCACUGAGCAGGAGCUGCAAAUCCCCGUGACCGAGCAGUGCAGCACCCAGCUCUUCUGCCUGGAUUACCAGGGGGCCGACAAAAUCGUCACCUCAGUGGUGAUUCACCAGGGCGAUGACCCCAAGAAAGUGGCGGAAAAGAUUGGGAACAAGAACGGCCUGGAGCCGCUGAUGAAAGAGGCCCUGAGGCUGCGGAUCCAGGAGGAAAUUGAGAAGAGGAUCUCCAAGCGUUGAGCAUCAGCGCUACCACCAGCAGAAGCAGUCGCUACAUUGGUUAGGUGCUCGGGUUUUGUCUUGUCCGUUCAUGUCUUUAUGUUGUUUACGUUUUCCCAGCUCCACAGUGAGGGGCCGAAAGUGUCGAAGGU